GCAAGCGAGCCGAGCCGAGGGUACGAAUGAGAUGAGAAAAGUUUACCUUUAAAUGUCUUUUUCUCGUUUUCUUUAACCCACACAGUUCGUGAAUAUUAUCAUUGGGAUUUGGUGUUGAGAUGUUCGACAAAGAAAGACCACCUAUUUGGGAGCAGUGCAGUCAGUCUAGGUGCCCUUCUCAAGGCUGACAAGCAAACCCUGUAGUCUGCUAGGCAGGCAGCGGCUGGCAGUAGGCAGCGUCCCUGCUGGAGGGGGCGUUACAUGCCAUGUUGGAGCCCCACUCCGCAGGCUCGGUGGCCCCCCCGCGGCCCUGGAGCAGCGAGGCCGGGCGUCCGGGGAGUGCGGACGACGGGCCGGGCGGCACCAUCACCGGCACCAGCGGCGGCACCACCGGCACCAUCACCGGCAGCUCCUCGCGAGGCGAGCCCGAGUACAUCAUGCGGCUGGUGGAGGAUCUCAGACGCUUUGCAGACGUGCUGCUCAGCCUGAAGGACGCCUUCCUCACAGACGAGGAGCCGGUGUGUGUGCAGCGCGUGGUGCAGGAUCGCCUGACGGAGCUGCUUCGUAUCCUGAGGGCCGUCAUCGCUAAGCACCCCACGCUCAACUCCACACACGUCCUCAGCGCCACCGGCAACCUCAUCGCCAAGGUCAAAGGCGUCAACUUUAAGGAAGUCAACUCAGAAAACAAAGAGGCUAUUUUCGGAGACAUACACACGUCCAUUGACUCGCUGGCGUUCACCUUUGGCAAUGUGGUGUCUGACUUCCUGAUGGGAGAUGUGGACAGCACCUCCACCUUGGGCCUCAGCAGGAGCAGGAGUCUGUCCUUUGACAACCUGACCAGUGCUGCAGGGGAAUACAGUCGGGCCACAGAUGAUGCAACAGUGUGCGAUGUGGACGUGGGCCAGCUGCGUAAUGGGCGUGGCGUGGAGUCGGCUCUGCUGUACGCGAAGGCCUGGAGCAAGUACACCAAGGAGCUGCUGGGAUGGCUGGAUAAACGCAUCAACUUGGAUAUUGAGUGUGCUAAGAGCAUGGCCAAGAUGGCGGAGUCUGCGAAGGGGCUCUUCAGCCAGCAGGACUUCAUGCCGUUUAGGGAGAUCUACAUCUCGGCCUUCAAGAAGGACGUGGAGUACAGUCAGCUCCUGCUGCAGACCGCCAACGCUCUGCAGACCAACAGAUUCAUACAGCCCCUCCUGGCCAGAAGAGCGGAGCUGGAUAAGCUGAGGAAGGAGCUGAAGGAGCAGUGGCAGAGGGAGCAGAAGAAGAUGCAUGAGGCGGAGGCGUGUGUGAAGAAGGCCUAUCAGCAGCAGGUGAUACAGUCCACCCUAACCUUGAGGUCCUUGCAUGAGGCGGAGGCGUGUGUGAAGAAGGCGUAUCAGCAGCAGGUGCAGCGGCGUGAGGAGUAUGAGAAGGAGCGGGCUCGCAGCGCCCCCUCUGGCCGCGCUGAGGAAGAGCAGGGCAGCGGCGCACGACAACGAGACAAGAGGAAGAGGAUAGAGGAGGAAGCCCUGCUCAGGACGGAGGAGGCGGUGGAGCAGUACCGUGUUUGUGUGUCGGAGGCGGAGGGCCGGAGAGCAUCACUAGUCGCCACGCAGACCAACAUCCUCACACAGAUACGAGAGAUGCUGACGCAGGCCGACCUCACACUCAAAGCGGUGACUGUAAACCUCUUCCAGCUGCAGCGUGUGCCGUCCUCCUGUCUGCCUCCAGCUCUACACAGCCUGAGUGAGCGCGCGCGGCGAUACACACCUGGACACAACUACACACACUUCCUCUCCAGCCUGCCCCGUCACCAGCACACACACACACACCUCAAGACCAGGUCAUACGACCUCACCAGCGCGGGUUCCAGGGAUGACGUGCGUGACGAGGUGUCGUCUCGUCGGCGUGCGAGCGGAGGAGACGACUACACCAGAGGGGGAGGAGCCAGUGGGGGAGGGGGCGGGGCCAGCGACUCAGAGAGCGCCGGGGGGAGCAGCGAAACCCAAUCACUAGACUCCCCAGUAGCCAGCCCAGUCACCAUGGGCCGCGGAUUACCCAGAACCCCCUCCACCGGCACCAUGUCCUCCGCCGACGACCUGGACAGAGACCCAGACAACAGUCUAGGGGACGGUCUGGGUGAGUGUGUGUCGUCGUCGGGGCCGUUCCAGAGUGUUGUGAUGUCACGUGCUGCUCAGAGUCACCGGCUGAGGAGGCUGCGCGCCCCGACCAAGUGCAGAGAGUGUGACGGCCUCGUAGUGUUCCACGGAGCAGAGUGCGAGGAGUGUUCGCUGGCGUGCCACAAGAAGUGUCUGGAGGCCUUGUCCAUCACGUGUGGCCACCGUAAGCUGCAGGGGCGGCUGGCUCUGUUCGGCGAGGACUUCCUGUCGGUCGCCCGCGGCAGCCCGGACGGCGUCCCCUUCAUCAUCAGGAAGUGCGCCGCCGAGGUGGAGAGCAGAGCCAUCACCCUGAAGGGCAUCUACCGUGUGAACGGCGCCAAGUCGCGCGUUGAGAAGCUGUGCCAAGCCUUCGAGAACGGCAAGGAGCUGGUGGAGCUGUCUGACCACUCCCCCCAUGACAUCAGCAACGUGCUCAAACUCUACCUGAGACAGCUGCCCGAACCGCUGAUCCAGCACCGUUUCUAUAACGACAUGAUCAGCAUCGCCAAGGAGACGCAGAAGAUCGUCAUGGUGGAGGCGGCGUCUGUCCUCUCUGUGUCCUCCCUGGUGACCUGUGUAUUGUGCAGUGUCCUCCCUGGUGACCUGUCUUUGCUGAGCCCCAGCAGGUUAAGUGUCGAGGGUCAUAGGUCGUCCAGCUCCAACCGGAGUCCGAUUCUGCUGCGUCCCUCCAUCUCGGCGCCGCAGCCCGUCUCCGUGCCAACGCGGCCCAUCAGCGUCCCCUGGAGCAUGCCCGUCCCCACGACGACAACGACGACGCGCUCCAACAGCGAGCCCACCAACACCAGCGUUGUCUCCAUCCCCGUGCCUCAGAGCCCCCCAGCCAGGGACCCCCCCGCCGCCGCCGCCCCCCCACACGCUGCGACUCCGCCCCUCAGCAAGCCCCCAGACCACCGCCAGCCACGGCCGUCCUCCGUCCCAGCGUCCCCCUGCGCUGCAGACGUCACCACAGUCGCCGCCUCCUCAGCUGCUGCCACAGUCGCCGCCUCGUCAUCAGCUGCUGCUGGUGGCUGUCAGAGGGAGCCGAACCCACCAGACCGCAGCUCAGCAGCCGGAACUGCAGGGGGCGCUGUCCCUGUCCGCACCACCACAGGCAGCGACGUCCCCGACUCCUCAGGCCCCAGAGCUGUGCAAGAGUCGACCGUCAGCUCAAUUGCUGCUGCUGCUGCUGCAGCCUCCACCGUCCCGGCUGCAGCGAGCUCCGCCCCUAGCUCCGCCUCUCCUCCUCCUCAGGCCGCCCCUAGCUCCGCCCCUCCUCCUCCGCAGGCCUCUACGGUUCUGGACACGCAGGCUCUGCGCCGUACCUGGGAGAGGGAGUACCGCCCCCCGCCGCUCCUCACGCCCCGCACCGCCAUGAUCCUGGCCAACCUCCCGCGCCCCGUCGCCGUGGACACCACCAGCCCCCCCCCCAUCGGGCCCAUCCCCUUCAGCACCACCACCUCCACCACCAACACCACCACCACCACCAAUACCACCCCUACUCCUGCCAAUACCAGCCACGUCACCACCACCACCACGCUCUCCAGCUCCACCUCCAGCGUCAGCACCAUGUUUCCUCGUAGCCCCUACUGUGUGAGUGUGGGGAGCGGGGGGGGCCCCCAUGUUGAAGACCGGGGGGGCCCCCCUGUUGGUGGGAUCGGGGGCCCCCCUGUUGUUGCCUUCCGGGCCCCCCGGACUCUGCACCCGCCCCCCGGAACCUUCUACCAGCCGCAGAGCACGAGUCCGAGCCACCAGAGUCGGAUUCCCAACCCGACCAAUCCCGCGCCGGCGGAGGCGGACCCUGCUGUUGCCCCUGGAGACGGGACGGGUGUGGUGACGUCGUCAUCAUCACCCCCCUCGGCAACCGGCACCGCCACCCGACAACGGCUCCGGAGCAGCCUGCAAGAACUGGAACCUCGCGAGGCCCACUUCGUAUAAAUACACGAGGCCCACUUCGUAUAAAUACACCAGGCCCACUUCGUUUAAAUACACGAGGCCCACUUCGUAUAAAUACACGAGGCCCACUUCGUAUAAAUACAUGAGGCCCACUUCGUAUAAAUACACCAGGCCCACUUCGUAUAAAUACACCAGGCCCACUUCGUAUAAAUACACGAGGCCCACUUUGUUUGUGCGAGUAUUUGUGCAUAUGUGUGUGUAAGAGAGGGAAGGGGGAGAUGUGUGUUGUGUGUUUGGAGAUGUGUGUUGUGUGUUGUGUGUUUGGAGAUGUGUGUUGUGUGUUGUGUGGUUGGAGAUGUGUGUUGUGUGUUGUGUGGUUGGAGUUGUGUGUUGUGUGUUGGAGAUGUGUGUUGUGUUGUUGGAGAUGUGUGUUGUGUGUUGUGUGUUUGGAGAUGUGGUUGGAGUUGUGUGUUGUGUGUUUGGAGAUGUGUGUUGUGUGUUGUGUGGUUGGAGAUGUGUGUUGUGUGUUGUGUGGUUGGAGUUGUGUGUUGUGUGGUUGGAGUUGUGUGUUGUGUGUUGUGUGGUUGGAGAUGUGUGUUGUGUGGUUGGAGUUGUGUGUUGUGUGUUGUGUGGUUGGAGUUGUGUGUUGUGUGGUUGGAGAUGUGUGUUGUGUGGUUGGAGUUGUGUGUUGUGUGUUUGGAGAUGUGUGUUGUGUGUUUGGAGAUGUGUGUUGUGUGUUGUGUGGUUGGAGAUGUGUGUUGUGUGGUUGGAGAUGUGUGUUGUGUGUUUGGAGAUGUGUGUUGUGUGUUUGGAGAUGUGUGUUGUGUGUUUGGAGAUGUGUGUUGUGUGUUGUGUGGUUGGAGAUGUGUGUUGUGUGGUUGGAGAUGUGUGUUGUGUGUUUGGAGAUGUGUGUUGUGUGUUUGGAGAUGUGUGUUGUGUGUUGUGUGGUUGGAGAUGUGUGUUGUGUGUUUGGAGAUGUGUGUUGUGUGGUUGGAGUUGUGUGUUGUGUGGUUGGAGAUGUGUGUUGUGUGGUUGGAGUGCGAGGGAGGACUAUGUGAGAGGGAAAGGGAGAGUUACAGUAUAGCAUACGUUAUAUAUUAUAUGAUGUCGACUGGUGGGGUUACUGUCAUUUUCAGCCAAAGGUGUGUGUAUUAGCCAUAUUCUUGCAAAUAUAAAUAAAUAUAUAUAUAAAGUUUCUUGUAUCAAAAUGUUUUGAGAUUGUUUUCCUCACAAGGUUUGGUUUGGAUGUUCCCGCUCAUCUCAUCUCAGUUCUCUUUGUUUUGGACCACAGAGUUCAUCUUUUUAAAUCCAUCCAUGAAACUUUAUUUGGUCCAAUUAACUAACACUUAUGUAUUGUAUCACUUAUUGUUCGGUCGGGGUUUAAACUACAUUCCAAUGAUAUGCAAUACAACUGCAUUGAUAUGAUGAAUUGUAUCGUUAUUAUAUUCAUAUUUUUAUAUAAAUUGUGAAUUUCAUGUGCCAAUAAUAAGAUCUACAACUUG